AUGUCAAGUUGUUCACCAGACUCGUCAACGAGUUCAUCGCCGCCCUACAGAUGCUCGCCUCUCCCGACAGACGAGCCAGUCACCAAGAUCGAGGAGGUGGACGAUGAUGACAAGAGCCAACUGAUGAGCGUACCGCAAAUCCCGACAACGCUCACCAACGGCGAGCCGGUCAAGCGUGGAAGAGGACGGCCGCGUAAACACCCCGUACAGCCACCGAAGACUGUCCAGAAGGUUACGAAAGGGCGGUCCAAGACCGGAUGCAUCACAUGCAGACGUCGCAAGAAGAAGUGUGACGAGACAAAACCUGAAUGCAACAACUGCGUCAAGAACUCAGUGGUGUGUCAAGGGUACCCGGAGAAGACUGUUUGGCAGCCGGGGCGACACAAGAACGAAGCGCGACAAGCAGCCAACGCCAUCAGCCAGUCAUUGCCCACCCUGGUAGAUGGAGUCGAAAGUCGUAUGGACCACUUCUUGUUGGACCAUUUCACGCACCGGGUCAGCAGGAUUCUAACGCUGUUCGACGAUGACAGCAACCCAUUUCACGAUUUCCUGCUGCCUCUGGCGAUGCGGCACCGGGCGUUGAUGCACUCCCUGCUGGCCUUGUCGAGUUCGCACCUCGCCAACUCCAACGACCAACAUCCCGACUACCAACAAGCUCAGGGUCAUCAUCUUAGCGAGGCACUGUCGGCUCUGCGACUGGGGUUGAACGAUGGUUCGAGCAGUAACGAUGCGGCUACAACCUUGAUACUGUGCUUGGACUCGAUCGCGAAGGGCGACACUUCGGGCGAAUACCGACCGCAUCUCGAGGCGGCACGGGUAAUGCUUUCGUCUGACAAGAGUCAGGAAGACAUCCCACUCAGACGUUUCUUGUACGAGUUCUUUGCGUACCACGACGUCGCCAACUCGGUAACGAUCCUGAACCGGAAUCCGAGCUUUCUGAGUGACCUCCCGAUGCCGGCAUUCAUAAUGCAGCCUGAGACUGGAGCUCUCCUCGGUGUGCUCGACGGACUGUUCACCCACAUGUCCAAGAUCACGAUAUUGAGGAAUCAGAUCCGUGAACGCAGGGAGAAGCAUAUCGAUCCAGCGGUCGAUUACAAGAUGCUCACUCAGGCCGUCGCAAUCGACGCCGAGAUUCACGAGUGGAAGCCCGCACAGCCGCCGAACUCGGUUAGAUAUAUCGCGGCACAACUCUACCGCCAGACAACUUGGGUCUACCUCUACAGGACCAUCAUGCCUUCUCAAGCGUCGCCCAAGAUCCUGAGCGCGGUGGAGGCUGGUCUGGAGUUUAUGCGCUUGCUCCCGGAGCAUGCGGGUACGCAGAGCAUUCUGCUCAUGCCGCUGUUCUUACUCGGUUGCGCAGCAUUCGAUUCGUCUCAACGGCCAGAGAUCAGCCGGAGAUUCAGCGGUCUGCACGAAUGGUCCGGCUUGGGCAACAUCGUACCGGCACACGAUGUGGUCAAGAAGAUUUGGGGGCUGAUGGACGCCGGAGAUGAGGAGGCUACUUGGGACUGGGAGUCGUUGAUUCAACAAAUGGGAUACGAUUUCCUGGUCACCUAG